AAACGGAGCAAGCAGUUGUCGGUUAUCCGUGGACGCGAAUAUUACCACGGAUCGAGCAGUGACCUUGGCGUAGUCAAGAGACAAGCUACACGUGGAAGAUGUCCGAGCUCGACCAAUAUUACGAGGUCGUCCUCGAGCUUGUCAAGCGGGGUGGCAAACUUAUCAGGGAAAACAUUACGAGGCAAAAGACGAUAUCCGUGAAAUCUUGCGACGUCGACCUCGUCACCGAGACGGACCAGAUGGUCGAGAAACUGCUGAUGGACGGCAUUUCCGCCAAAUUCCCCGAUCACAAAUUUAUUGGCGAGGAAACCUCAUCGGAGUCUAAUAAAAGAGUGGAACUGACAGAUGCGCCAACAUGGAUAAUCGACCCGGUGGACGGCACGAUGAACUUCGUGCACAGCAUGCCUCACACUUGUAUAUCCAUCGGCUGCUACGUUAACAAGGUCUGCGAGAUCGGCAUCGUCUAUAAUCCGGUGAUCGAGCAAUUUUUCACUGCCCGACGUGGUCUCGGAGCUUACCUUAAUGGAGCGCCUAUUCGGGUUUCGGGAGAGACGAAAUUGAAUAAAUCGCUAAUGAUGAUGGAGACGGGAACGAGCAGAGAUCCAGAAAAGAUGAAGGUCGUCAUGGAUAACAUCCAGACAUUGACACCUCUAAUCCACGGCUCACGGGCAUUAGGCUCGUGCGCACUAAAUAUGUGCAUGGUGGCGAUGGGAGCUGCUGAUGUAAUGUGGGAGUUCGGUAUCCACAUCUGGGACGUUGCCGCUGCUGAUCUCAUUGUUCGAGAAGCUGGCGGAGUCUGCAUUGAUCCCGCUGGCAAUGACUUCGAUCCUUUGAGUAGAAGAGUCCUGGUGGCCUCGUCGAUGGAACUAGCUCAGCAGCUGGCAAAGCAUCUAACUCAGUAUUAUCCUGACCGUGAUUAAAUCCCAAUUUGAAGUCCAAAGGGCAGCAUUUGAAAAAAAAAACACUAACAUUCCAAUUAAAUGGUUCAUCCGCUAAUUCGGGAUGAAAUUUUGCUGUGAGCGCGUUUUGUUGGAAACACGCACGAAGAAUUACACUUUUAGAGAUCCUAAAAAGAGAUUCUAUUAAUUUUUUUCUUGUGCCGAAAUAAAUUUAAGUGAAUAAAUAAAUUAUUAUAUUACA